AUGGCGAGCAGUCUUAUCGAGGAUGUAGUGAGGAAGCUGAGUGUCCCGGAGACCGUUCGUUUUGUAGAGCCUCGGCUCAAGGUCGAGGCAGCAUCUGCGCUGCGCGACAGCCUCGACCAUUACACAGCGGGCCCCGGCUACGCGACCUUCCUCAAACGAUUAAUGCCCGCCUUCGUCAACAUCCUUCGCCAGCCCUGCGUCCUCCAGACCUCCGCGCCCGAUCAGGCCAACGCCCAAAAGUUGCGAAACUGCGUGCUCGAGAUCCUGCACCGGUUGCCGACCGCACUAUCCCCCACCGAGCCGUUCGAACCUUACGCCGAGGAGGUCGUGGACCUCUUGAUGCAACUGGUCCGUAAUGACAACGAGGACAAUGCUGUCUUGUGCGUUAAGAUCAUCUCGGACAUUAUGCGGCACCAACACAAGAUAAUGGGCAAUAAGGUCCAGGCAUUCCUGUCCUUGAUUCAGGAACUGUUUGAGCAAGUUGACAAGGUCGUCCGCGAACAGCUCGACAACACUUCUCCAGCCGCGGCACCGGUGCCCCCAUCCACGCCAGGUAGCACGCAGACUACAUUCCUGCCACACCAGCAAUCUCCUAGGGCUGGGUCGCCGGUUGCCGCAGGAGCCCCCGAUUUCAGCGUCGAUCCUGGUCAGCAGUCAAACCGCACCCUGUUACGGGGGAUGCAAUCCUUCAAGGUUUUAGCCGAGUGCCCGAUUAUUGUCGUCUCGAUAUUUCAGGUCCACCGGCCGAGUGUCACGAACAAUGUCAAGGCAUUCGUCCCCUUGAUCAAGCAGGCUCUGCUCUGCCAAGCCAGGGCACAGGACCAAGCGCACAAGGACGCCGCGGCUCGCGGUACCAUCCACACUGGCGUCAGUCCCAAUAUCAAGAAUCGAGCUGCGUUUGGAGAAUUCAUCACGGCUCAGGUCAAAACUAUGAGUUUCCUGGCCUACUUGCUCCGGCAAUACUCGGGCAAUCUCACAGAUUUCCUACCAUCACUACCUGAGAUCACGGUCCGCCUCCUGAAAGACUGCCCUAGAGAAAAGUCAGGAGCCAGGAAGGAGCUGCUGGUAGCGAUUCGGCAUAUCAUCAACUUCAACUUUAGGAAAAUCUUCCUUCCCAAGAUAGAUGCCUUGUUGGAUGAGAGGACGCUCAUCGGGGACGGCCUGACAGUCCACGAAACCAUGCGGCCCCUUGCGUACAGCAUGCUGGCCGACCUCAUCCACCAUGUCCGUGAGAGCCUCACCCCCGACCAGAUCCGGAAGACUGUUGAGGUCUACACACGAAACCUCCAGGACAACUUCCCGGGGACCAGCUUCCAGACCAUGAGUGCCAAGCUCCUUUUGAACAUGGCUGAGUUCAUCGCUCGAAUGCCCAACAAGGUUGAUGCGCGCCACUACCUGAUCAUGAUUCUCAAUGCCAUCGGCGACAAGUUUGCCGCCAUGAACAGACAAUAUCCGAACGCGGUCAAGCUUUCGAAGCAGUAUGCUCAGCAGGCGGCCGAAAACGCACCGGAGACCUACCUAUCCGACAAGGAGUACCCGCCAGAAUGGGACGAGGUCGACAUCUUCAACGCCAUGCCGAUCAAGGCUUCCAACCCCCGGGACCGCGCCGCCGACCCAGUUGUGGACAACAAAUUCCUGUUUCGCAAUCUGAUGAAUGGCCUCAAGAACACCUUCUACCAGUUGAAGAGCUGCAAUCAACCAGGUACGGUGGAUUUGGCUGGCGCCCCCGCCCACUGGACCGAUGUGGCGUACGGCUUCACAGCUGAGGAGGUCAAGGUUAUCGUCAAGCUAUUUCGCGAAGGUGCUUACGUAUUCCGGUACUAUGAGAUUGAGAAGCCGGCGGCCGAGUCGCCAUACAGCUCGCCCGUCGAAUACAUGGCCAAUUUCUACAUGAUUUCGAGCAGCAAGGAGGAGAAGGAACUUCUCGAAAACUUCGCGACAGUCUUUCACUGUAUAGACCCUGCCACAUUCCACGAGGUGUUCCAGCAGGAGAUUCCACGACUUUAUGACAUGAUUCAUGAGCAUACCGCCCUUCUUCAUAUCCCCCAAUUUUUCCUCGCUAGCGAGGCGACCUCACCCAGCUUCUGCGGCAUGUUGCUGCGCUUCUUGAUGGAGCGCAUCGAGGACGUGGGCUCCGCCGACAUCAAAAAGUCAUCCAUCCUCCUCCGGCUCUUUAAGUUGGCCUUCAUGGCUGUCACCCUUUUCGCCUCCCAGAACGAACAGGUGCUUCUGCCACAUGUCGUCGACAUCGUGACCAAAUCGAUUGAGCUGUCGACCAAAGCAGAGGAACCAAUGAACUACUUCCUUCUGCUCCGAUCUUUGUUCAGGAGCAUAGGCGGCGGGAAGUUCGAGCACCUCUACAAACAGAUUCUGCCUCUCUUGGAGAUGUUGCUUGACGUCCUCAACAACCUUCUCUUGGCCGCCCGCAAGCCGGCCGAGCGGGAUCUUUACGUCGAGCUCUGUCUCACCGUUCCGGCCCGGCUAAGUAACCUUCUACCGCAUCUCAGCUUCUUGAUGCGCCCCUUGGUAGUGGCGUUGCGAGCAGGCACGGAACUAGUCGGCCAAGGCCUCCGGACUCUCGAGUUGUGCGUCGACAAUCUCACUGCCGACUACCUGGACCCUAUCAUGGCUCCGGUGAUUGACGAGCUCAUGACAGCUCUUUUUGACCACUUGAAGCCUCACCCAUACAGCCAUUUCCACGCCCACACUACCCUUCGGAUUCUCGGGAAGCUGGGUGGUCGAAAUCGAAAGUUCAUGACAGAUGCCCUACCAGUCACAUUCCAACAAUACGUCGAUGACCGGGCAAGUUUCGAUGUGCGGCUCACCGGCUCGAAGCGGGACAGGGCCUUCCCGGCCCAUCUUGGGAUUGAUCUGGCCAUCCAAAACCUGAUGGAGGUGCCGAGGCCAGCCAAGGGGCCGUCACCCUCGCUGUCGAAACAAUAUGACCCCUAUUAUAAGAGGCAGGCUUUGAACCUCAUCAUCGCUCAGGUCAAGCUGAGGGUCGGCUUUGAUAGCCUGCCCGAUGAUUUCCCCCGCCUCGUCCGCCUCCAAGCCCAGGACCUUGUCACCCGCAACAAGGCUGUGGAUGUCUCCAUCUUUGAAACCUCCGAUCGUGAGCGCUCAACCGCCAAGAAAGACGACGAAGAACACCUCCUCAAGCGCCUGAUCAAGGCUCUCAUGUUUGCCCAGUCAAUCCCUGAUUUCAAGGCCGAGGUGGAUGCGCUACUCCUUAAUCUCGCUCGCCAUUUCACCAUCCUCGAGGUGGGACGAUCCCUAGCCGACAUGAAGAGGGCUUACAGUCCCUUUGAUACAAAGUUGGGAGAAGGCCUUCUUUUCCUAGAUAAUCGAGUGCUCUCGGACGCCAUCUUAGAGUCCAUGGCCUCCGACAGUCCGGACGUCCGCGAUGCCGCUGAGCGUCUGGUGAAAGAGAUGUACAACUCGGCAGUCAUCAUCUUCGGAUCACCCCAUCAUGUCGCCCGCCUGACCCUCUUCAACAGCCUAGCGUCUGCCUUUUGCCAUGGCUGCUAUGAAGAGGAGUGGUUCACCAAAACAGGCGGAACCUUGGGGAUUAAGGCCCUGCUGACCGAUGUCGAGCUUGGCGACGCCUGGAUCGCGACAAAGCAGAUUGAGUUUGUCCGCGCCCUGAUCUAUGUCGUCAAGGACAUGCCCCUAGACCUCCCCGAAAAGACGAGGAGGUCGGCGCAGGUCACACUCGAAAUCCUCUUGACGAGGCUCACCAAGAACAUCACGAAGGCGGACUGCUUACCUGCACCGCCGUCAGCAGCACCACAGCCACCACAGGCACCGCCGAAACACUCUCGCAUCGCCCAAAUCAUUCUGAUUCUCAACGGAGAACUGUCGCAUAUGAACCGGCACGUUCGAGACACCGCGAGGAGAUCCUUGGAGUUGAUUGCCAAAGCAGCCGGAGCCGAGGUAUGGGAGCUCCUCGAGCCUCAUCGCAAGCACCUGCUGCAACCUAUUUACGCAAAGCCCCUUCGGGCUCUACCUUUCGCCAUCCAGAUCGGCUUCAUCGACGCGGUCACCUACUACAUGUCGUUGAAGCGAGACUUUGUUGCCUUCGAUGAAAAUCUCAACCGACUCUUGAUGGAAUCGUUGGCGUUGGCAGAUGCGAGUGACGAGUCAUUGGCAGGGAAGAUGCUCGAAUUUCGGACGCACGACUUCAUUGUGAAUCUCCGCGUCUCUUGCAUCAACAUCCUUCGCAGUGCAAUGGGCUUCGACGAGUUCGGUGGCAGCGUGAACAAUCCGACUAGGGUCAGGGUUGUGUCCGUGUUCUUCAAGUGCCUAUACUCGGACUCCCCGCCGACAAUUGAAGCAGCCAACGACGCGCUGCGGUCCGUCUUGCAGCAGACGAGCAAACUGCCCAAGGAUCUCCUCCAGUCCGGCCUCCGACCCGUCCUCGCGAGUUUACAGGAUGCCAAGCGCUUGACUGUUCAUAGCUUGGACAACCUCGGCCGGCUUCUGCGGCUUCUGACGACCUACUUUAAGGUAGAAAUUGGCGCUCGUCUUCUCGAACACGUGAAGCAGAUUGCGGAGCCAAGCUUCCUCCAGCAAGUUUCAUUCACUUUCUUCGAGCAGCAUAACUCCCUAAAGGUGAUUGCCGCCGUUUUUAACAUCUUCCAUUUGCUCCCGGAAGCCGCCAAGCAGUUCAAGGAACGAGUGAUCGAUAGCGUGCUGGACCUCGAGGAGAAACUGCGCAGGACACACCACAGCCCGUUCCGCGUCCCCUUGUACAAGUACCUUAACAAGUACCCGUCCGACGUUUGGGCUUUCACUCUUGGCAAGCUGGAAGAGUUGAAGUAUGGCCGUUUCCUCUCCCAGGUACUGCGGCACCAAGACAGCCAAGUUCUCCGGGACUAUGGUGCUGCGAAUGUCGAGUUCAUCAUCAAGACUUGCAACAACUCCAUCAACCAGGGCAAGGACACCAAAUUCAUUGCCACCAUCAACACCAUCAACAUGCUGGACGCCCUCUGCCAGUUCCCCAACACCUUGUCAUGGUUAGACAACAAAGACUACAUUGAUUGGCUGAAGCAGGUUGGUAAGGAACUCGAACAGAACCUGAAAGCCAACACUUUACCGCCUAAUCUCCGGCUCCCGGCCGACCAGGCCUCCGAACAGCUCAUGGCCAUCCUGACCAAGGCGCUGGCCCGGAAUGCUAAGGAUCUGGACCCGCUCUUCGGCCUCGUCGAGUCCAUCACAGCGGAUGACUUCCGUGAAACGCCGGCCUUGCUCUCCCACAUCUACAAGCACAUCGUUUGCAGCGACUCCAUUGAGUUCUGGAGGACCACUGUGCUUCGUUGUCUUGAGAUUUAUGCGGGGAGGAGCGCCUCACAGCGAACAAAAUGGUAUCUGCUCCACAACAUCGUCAAUCCCAUCGUCGCCAUGGACGUGAUGCGGCACUGGAAUCGCGGCGAACCGAGCAAAGGCACCCGAUUCCUCGACAAGUCCAUCAUUGACUCGAUCAACACCAAGAUCUGGAAGGUCAACUUGCCUGAUCCGCAGGAAGACCUGUCGCAUCCGCGUAUCGACCACACCCGCAUGGAGGUGCUUCAGCUCUCGGCCAUGAUCGUCAAGUACCACCAUGCUAUUCUCCAAGAUGCUCGUAAGGACUUUAUUAAGUUCGGUUGGACUUACAUUCGACUCGACGACGUUAUCAACAAACAUGCGGCGUAUGUGGUCAUAGGGUACUUUAUCGCACACUAUGAGACACCGGCCAAGAUUGUCACCCAAAUCUACUUCUCCCUCCUCAAAACUAACCAGAACGAGGGCCGGGCCCUUGUUACACAAGCGCUGGAGUUGAUGGCGCCAGUCAUGCCUAAGAGGUGCAACACGGCACUGACCGAGCGUAAUCCCGUUUGGGCAGUGGCGCCGCGCCGUAUCCUCUCCGAGGAAAGCCAGAACGUACAGCAGAUGACGUGCAUAUUCCACUUUCUCGUGCGACAUCCGGACUUGUUCUACCAUACCCGGGACAAGUUUGCCAUCUUGAUCAUCCAGUGCCUUCGCAAAGUGGCAUCGCCGCCCAACCCAUCGAAUGAAAGCCGGAAGCUCGCGCUCAACAUGAUGUGGUUGAUCUGGCAGUGGGAGGAGCGACGCGUGGAGGGGAAGAUGAGCGAGCCUCACCGUGCCGUCACCGAGUCACCCGGCAUAACAAAGCGGAAGCUGGAGGAUCCUCAGGCAUCUUCUCCUUUGGCCGCACGUCAACCAGAGAAGGCAGAAUUCCAGAUCCCUCCGUUGGUACGCCAUAAGAUGGUUAAGUACCUCGUUGAGUUCAUCGCCCAGCUGAACGAGCGGUACCAGCUUCCUUCCGCUAAACCACGCGAUUCGACCGCGCCGGUGCUGCCCUCGCCGGCGACGGAGCUCUGCAAGAGAGCCAUGGCUUUGUUAUACAAUCUGCUUCAGCCGCAGUACUGGGGUGACCUGGACGUGGAUCUGUUCCCCAACGUCACCGACGUGGUCCUGGCCAGCCCCAAGUCUGCCGGCCUCCUGUCAGCCGAUCCUCCGGACGCGGAGAAGCCACGUCCUACGGAGGCGGACAAGGCGCGCGACGAGAAGUUCAUCACCAAUAUCAUCAAUACCUUGCAGGUGGUCCGUAUCAUCCUCAACUUCAAGUCCGACGAAUGGAUUCUGAAGCACACGGCCCACAUACAAAAGAUCUUGGAGAAGUGCCUAAAGUCGGAACAUCCAGAGAUCCAAGACUGCCUGAACAUGGCCGACAAGGACCACGACGGCCGCCGCGACAUCAAGCCGAUCGUCAAACGUAUCCUGGAUGCAGUGCCGGAGGACGUUCCUAUGGAAGAUGCCGAUGCCGAUGGGGAGUCGGAAGCGCAGACCUCUGAAGUUAUCACCUUCCUCUCCGGCAUCGCCACGGAGAGCAUGGCUGCGUCGAAUUAUGUUUCUGGCAUCAACAUCUUGUGGUCGCUCGGAUCCCGCAAACCAUCCACUAUUGACCAGCACAUCCCCGCCAUCAUGAAGUCGCUACAAUCAAAGCUUGCCCGGGACCACGUCUCUCAUUACGCGGCAGUGACUCAAAUCAGCGGCAUCCGUCCGCAACAAGACCCGAAUGCGGCGACCGAGAUGAACCCCUAUGACCUCGAGAUUCAGACGGGUUUAAUCCUCAAGGCGAUCGAGGUCACCGCGAUGCGCAUGGAGAUUCUCGGCGACAAUAGGCGGCCUUUCCUCAGCGUCCUGGCAACCAUCGUCGAGAAGUCACUUCAUGUGGGUCUUUGCGAGAAGAUCUUGGAGAUGGUGGAGGGUUGGGUCUUCCGGUCUGAAGGCACAUGGCCGACGCUUAAGGAGAAAACAGCAGUGCUUCACAAGAUGAUAUCGUUCGAGCAUCGCGCAGAUCAGACCAUGUUGAUGAAAUUCCUCGAGCUUGUCCUCCGCGUCUACGAGGAUCCCAAGAUUGCCAGAACCGAACUCACGGUGCGUAUGGAGCACGCCUUCCUCAUCGGCACUCGCGCUCAAGACGUCGAAAUGCGCAACAAAUUCAUGACCAUCUUUGACAAGUCAUUGUCAAAAACGGCGAGCCUCCGGUUGGACUAUGUCCUUGUCCGGCAGAACUGGGACACGCUGGCGGAUUCAUAUUGGUUGGCACAAGCGUCUCAACUUCUCUUGGGCGGCGUCGACAUGAACCCCGUCAUCCAACUUCAUCAUGAAGAUUUCCGGACCCUACAAGCCUCUCAACUCAUUAGCACUUAUUCCAAGGAUAGCCGCGAGCCGACCAGCAUGAGCGACGACAAAUACGAGGCCUUCAUGGCAAAUCAUCGGCGCUUUGUGGCGGAGCUUGGCGACGUGAGGGUGCGGGACAUCCUUGAUCCCCUGACACAGCUGCAGCAUAUUGAUGCCAACUUUGCGAACGAGCUCUGGGUGACGCUCUUCCCCAUGUUUUGGUCCGCAACAGCCAAGGAUGAGCGGGACGAGCUUGAGCGCGGGUUAGUGGCGCUGCUAAUGAAGGACUACCACGCGCGCCAGAUAGAAAAGCGGCCGAAUGUGGUUCAGUCACUCGUAACCGCGGCCGUGAAGACAUGGCCGCACCUCAAGAUCCCCCCGCAUGUUCUCAAGUUUGAGGCCAAAACAUACGACGUCUGGUACACGGCGCUGUGCCAGUUGGAGAACUCGGCGAUGAAACCACAGAUCGACUCGGCAGCCGUUCGGGAGAGUAACCUAGACGCGCUGCUCGAUCUCUACGCUUCUCUGGGCGAAGAUGAUCUGUUUUACGGAACUUGGCGCCGCCGUUGCCAGUUUGUGGAAACAAACGCCGCGCUCUCCUACGAGCAACAUGGCAUGUGGGAAAAGGCCCAGCGCAUGUACGAGACUGCUCAGAUCAAGGCCAGGACUGGCGUGAUUCCCUUCUCCGAGUCGGAAUACAUGCUCUGGGAAGAUCAUUGGGUGCUCUGCGCGCAGAAGCUCCAGCAAUGGGAGGUCCUACAAGAUUUUGCAAAGCACGAGAACUUUCAGGAUCUGCUCCUAGAGUGCGCAUGGCGGAACCCCGAGUACUGGCAGAACCAAGACAACCGCGACCAGCUAGAUACGCUCAUCAAGGGCGUCAUGGACGCGCCGACACCGAGGAGGUCAUUCUUCCAGGCGUUCAUGUCCCUUUUGAAGCUGCACAACAAGCAGGAGAACAUGCCAGACUUCAACCGCGUGGUCGAUGAAGCAAUUCAGCUGUCAAUUAGGAAAUGGCACCAACUGCCAAAGCGACUCACUUCCGCUCACAUCCCGGUUCUCCAGAACUUCCAGCAGCUUGUCGAGCUCCACGACGCUAGCGUCAUCUCUCAGAGCCUGAACAGCACCAACGCGAAUAAUCUUGAUAUCAAGUCCGGCGAGCUCAAGUUACUUCUUGGCUCUUGGAGGGACAGACUUCCGAAUACAUGGGACGACAUUGUUGCAUGGCAAGAUCUGGUAACGUGGAGGCAGCACAUCUUCGGCCUCAUCAACGGAACGUACCUGCAACUUGUGCCUGCACAGUCGCAAAACCCCGGGGGCGUCUCUUUUGCGUACCGAGGAUACCACGAGACGGCGUGGAUCAUCAACCGGUUUGCUCACGUCGCCAGGAAGCAUGCGCUGCCGGAUGUCUGCAUCAGCCAGCUGAGCCGCAUCUACACGCUCCCGAACAUUGAGAUCCAAGAAGCGUUCCUCAAGCUGAGGGAACAGGCCAAGUGCCAUUACCAGAACCCCGAGGAACUGACGAGUGGGCUGGACGUGAUUAACAACACGAACCUGAAUUACUUCAGCGCGCCGCAAAAGGCCGAGUUCUACACAUUGAAGGGCAUGUUCUUGGAAAAGCUCAACCAAAAGGAGGAGGCCGACGGCGCGUACGGCACUGCUCUCUACUUUGACAUAACGGCGGCAAAGGCGUGGGCAGAAUGGGGUUACUUCAACGACAGGAGGUUCAAGGAGAAUCCGACCGACCUGUCGGCGGCCAAGCAAGCAGUCACCAGCUACCUCCAAGCCGCGUCGAGCUACAAGAACCACAAGUCGAGGAAGCUGAUUGCGCGGGUCUUGUGGCUGCUGAGCCUCGACGACGCAAGCGGCACGAUCUCGCAAGGGUUCGACGACUUCAAGGGCGAGGUUCUCGUCUGGUGGUGGAUCACGUACAUCCCGCAGCUCCUGAUCGGCCUCGGGCACAAGGAAGCGCCGCGGUUGCAGGCCAUCCUGCUCAAGAUCGCAAAGACCUACCCCCAAGCGUUGUACUUCCAGCUUAGGACCAACCGCGAGGACAUGCUCGUGAUGAAGAAGAACCAGGACGCCAAAGAAAAGGCAAGGCGCGGGCAGGCCGCGGGCAACAAGCCCGCCGGCUCUCCCCAGCUGACUAAGAAAGAUGCGGCGGCCGGCGGCAGCGAUUCCCGACCCGCGACAGCUAACGGAGACGCGGCCGGACAAGCCAAGACCGAGCCCAAGGCCGAAGGGGACGUUGCGAGCACUCCUACGGGGCCGCCUUCGGCAACGACCGGGCCGGCACAGGGUGAGCAAACGGGCGGCUCGCAAAAGAAGCCUUGGGAGCUCACGGAGGAGAUUAUGAGCGUCCUCAAGACCGCCUUCCCCUUGCUCGCGUUGUCGAUGGAGACCAUGGUGGACCAGAUCCAGAAGCAUUUCAAGUGCCCGCCUGAUGAGGACGCCUACAGGUUGAUCGUCGCGCUUCUCAACGACGGCCUUGCGUAUGUCAGUCGUAUGCCGACUUCGUACGCCCGCGAUGUGAAGCUUCCGCCUGCCACGGAGAACAACAUCACGCGUUUUGCUGAGACGAUCCUGCCAAGUCACAUUCGCGGCACGUUCGAGGCGGACUUUGUUAAAGUCAAACCGACCAUGUACGAGUACAUCCACAACCUCCGCAAGUGGCGCGACAAGUUCGAGGAGAAGCUCGACCGGCGGGUGACACCGGUACCGCUUGAAAGCUUUGCCCAUUAUUCGCCGCACCUCAGCGAAUUCCGGUACCAGAAGUUUGACGACGUCGAGGUUCCGGGCCAAUACCUGCAGCACAAGGACAAGAACCAGGACUUUGUCCGCAUUGACAGAUUCCUGCCCAACGUCGAUCUGGUGCGGACGAUCGGCGCGUCCCACCGGCGCCUCAAGAUCCGCGGCCACGACGGCAGCGUGCAUCCGUUUGCGGUACAGCAUCCCGCAGCACGGCACUGCCGUAGGGAAGAACGGAUUCUGCAGCUAUUCCGGCAGCUCAACCAGACGCUCAGCAGUAAGAAGGAGAGUCGUCGGCGGGAUCUGCAGUUCACGCUGCCGCUGAUGGUGCCGUUGGCGCCGCACAUCAGAAUCGUACAAGAGGACACGACGUACAUUACGCUGCAGGGCAUAUACGAGGAUCACUGCCGUCGGAACGGCAUUCCCAAGGACGAGCCGGUGCUGUACACGAUGGAGAAGCUGCGGGGUCUGGUGGACUCUAAGGGACCCGUAAGUUGCGCGCUUGGCCCUACCCACGGACGCGGACUAACCAAUCAUGACUGGCAGAAACCGGCAGAGCACGCAGUCACGGCGCGGCUGGAGGUGAUGCGGGCGAUCCAGGAGAAGUACGUGGACAAUUCGGUGGCGCUCGAGUACUUCCAGGGCGCGUUCCCCGAAUUCUCCGAGUUCUGGCUCUUCCGUCGGCGCUUCUCGUACCAGCUGGCGGCGGUGACGUUCAUGACGUACAUCCUGCACAUCGACAAGCGGUACCCGCACAAGAUCAACAUCGCGCGCGGGUCGGGCAACAUCUGGGCGUCGGAGCUCAUCUCGUUCAUGGCGGCCAACCGGCCGUACUUCCACAACCAGGAGCCGGUCCCGUUCCGGCUCACGCCCAACCUGCAGAUGCUGAUGGGCCCGCUCGCGACCGAGGGCAUCUUUGCGUCGUCGGUCAUGGCCAUCGCGCGCUGCCUGACGGAGCCCGAGUUCCAGCUCGAGCACGCGCUGACGCUGUUUGUGCGCGACGAGAUGAUGUUCUGGUUCACCAGUUCCCACCGCUCCCAGCCGCUCACCGAGAACCAGCUGCGCGAGACCGUCCAGGCCAACAGCGAUAUGAUCGUCAAGAAGGCCGUCUCGCUCGCGCAGGCUCCCGCAGGCAACCUGCCCGCCCACCAGACCGUUAUUGACCUGAUAGCGAAGGCCGUGAAUCCCAUGAACUUGGCCAUGUGUGACGCGCUGUGGAUGCCAUAUCUGUAA